AUGGAUGACCAGAGUGAUUCUAUGAGCAUGCACAACUCCAUAGGCGCUUCAAACGCCUCAGGGACAGUUGCGGGACAGGUUUUGUUUAUGGAUUCGCAUGAUGUUCCACCAAGAACUAACCCACAUCCACCGCAUUCAGGAUACUAUCAAGUGGCAACACCGAAAUCUCCUCAUGAGCUUAUUCUAGAUGAUCAGGAUGUCGAUUUGGCCUCUCAACGAGACAACUUUCACGAUCCCAACUCAAGGCAUGGCCACGAUGGCGACAAACGUCAGGAUUCUCUAAUGGGUAGACUAGCAGGUGAGAGUGAGGAGACUGAGAGGUUAAAAUACGAAACUGCAAAGACUGAGAUACUAGAAAAGCUCCAUUUGCAGACACUAAUAAGCCACAAAGAAGCUCAGGGUAUUCAGCGAGAGAUCAAGCGAGUCGAUGCCCAGAUGACACUGCUACGUAAAUUGCACGAUGACCAAGAGCUUCAGAAGAAAGUAGAGGAACACACUGAGCGCCAAAAUGACAGAGUAAGGCGGCAAUUAUUAGAAGCCAAUACAGUGGCCAAUUCUUCUGGCUACCUGGCGGAUAUGUCCACCUUCUCGUCCUUUGCCGGCUUUUCAUCGAAUCCACCACUGUCAGCCGGUAGCUUCAUUCCGACUCAUCAUUAUCACACAAGAAGUAAAAGCAGUGGGAAUGUAACUGAAGUGGCACAUCUCAGACCAGCCAAUUCAACCAUCAUAGACAUGCGAUUAGCGGGGUCAAAAUCGAUACCAACAGGUACCAAUCAGUUCCACGACCUUGGGCCUGAUGUCCAGUCUUUUAGACCAAAUCAGAUGAAUAUGCAUCACAGAAGAAACUACAGCAGUACAUGUCUGACUAGUAAUAGUGGAGUUGUAGGCAAAAACGAGGACAAUGAAGCUAUUUUCAGAAGAUAUGACGGAAUAUUAAUUAUCAUAAAAUGUUCAUUUUGUCCUAGAAGUGGAUUCACAUCAGCACAAGGUAUAGUAAAUCACACACGACUGAAACAUGGAAAAACCUAUUCAAGUCAACCGUUAGCUGUUUUGCAUAAUCAGAAGCUCAUCGAGGAAAAGAAACAAGACCCACAAGUAUUGGAAAAGUUUAAAGAACUGGGUAAAGAUCCGUAUAAGGAGUAUUUACCUUCCGAGGUGGCAAUCCCAUGUUCAGCUCCCAAAUCAAAUCAACGAGAGCCAAGCCCCAAGCAAACAAAUAUUAAGAAUAAAGAUGCUGUGAGUGAAAGCCAAAGUCCCCGUCUAACGAACCAUCUAAAGAAAUUAUACAACAAAGGAGAUUUCGAAGACCUAGUAGAAAUGGUCAAUGACGCUUCCAAGGAUUUAGAAGUGGUCCUCAAGCAACCUAGUCCGGAAAGCAGUGAGAGUGAAGAGGAUGACGGAAAACAAGAAACAGAAUCGGAAAGCGCAGCUGCGUCUUCAGUGAAUUCCAAUACACCAAAUGCAGAAUCUUCUUCGUCUAAGCCGGAGUCAACUCAAGCACCUUCAACAAGUCCAUUAGAAAAAGCAAUAGGUGGUAAUCAAGAAACUUCAUCCACAGCAUCGCCAUCGCCCGCAGCUAGUGGUCAAAGAAGAAGCUCACGUAAACGUAAAAACGAGCAGCGAGAGAUUGCCAAAGAGCUGCAAGAGCGAGCCAGACCAGCAGAGAAGAAAGCUCGACCAGAUGUGCUAGCAUUAACAAGUGUUCCUGAGCACGACAAGAGAUCUUCGCAUUAUAAUCUGAGGGCCAAGUCAAAGCUACGCAACAACAGCUUCCACUAA